AUGUUAUAUCAUGUAGAUUCCGAAGACUUGUACUUAACUCUAAAAAUCGCAUCGAAGCCAUUAUCACACUGGAACUUCCAAUCUCAUACUGUACGUCGUGCAUUAUUACAAUUUCCCAAUUUGGAAUCAAUUAACAAUAAUCUGCACGAUGACGACCUUGUAUUGUAUGCUGAACAUUUGAAAAACUUGAAUGAUGAUACGUCAGUUCGGUUUAACGACCUACUGAAGUUAAAUGUACUGCGUUGGGUGACACUUCCUUUUGAAGAUAAUGUUGCUAAUGUGGAUAUCUGUUUGCAGGAGAAUCUCAUUGAAUUGCAGAAUGAUGAAAUAGUUCAGGCAAGAUUUAAAGACGGGAAACAUAAUCUAUGUAAAAGUAAUGACACUACUACACAGUAUCUACUACUCUGGGAGAAAGCGCAGCUGUACGUUACUGCCUUUACUGCUUAUCUUGUUGAAUCUGGUUUCACCCGUGUUACUAACUUACUGUCAAAAGAUCGUAAUCGACUCGAUGCUGUACACAAUGUAGGAGCCGAAUAUUGCUAA